AUGGCGCAGGGCACAGACCAUCCCCCCACCAUCACCAUCGAUGGGCAUAUGCUGGAAGCUGUGGGCAACUUCACCUACCUUGGGUCCUCGAUUUCAAGCUCACACACACACUGGAAACAGAAGUCAGCAGCAGGAUCGCCAAAGCUGCAGCAGUUAUGUCGAAACUGCACCAGAGAGGCUGGAACAACUCCAGUCUCACGGAAAAGACUAAGCUGCGUGUCUAUCAAGCCUGUGCGCUCAGCACCCUCUUCUACAGCAGUGAAGCAUGGACACCCUACGCAAGGCAUGAGAAGAGACUCCACAGCUUCCACCUCAGAUGUCUACGACGCAUUCUUCACAUCCGCUGGCAGGACAAAAUCCCAGAUGGUGGCCAUCUUGCAGGAGAGACGCUUGCGCUGGCUCAGCCACGUGCGCAGGAUGGACGCAGGUCGAAUUCAAAAGGACCUCCUGUACGGAGAACUCGCCGAGGGCAUACGACCAAAUGGGCGCCCCCGGCUUCGCUACAAAGACGUCUGCAAAAGAGACAUGAAGCAAAUAAAAGAAAUAUCAGAAAUAAGUCCCUGUUCUGAGCACAGCCAGCAAUAUUGGAGCCACGUCGGCAUGCCAGAAAAUCAGAGAAUGUCCACGGAUAUAUUCCUUUACAUGGUAUCAUUUCAAGUUCAUUAUCAUAUACAUGGGAGUAAUGUGAGCAUAUGCCUGCCUGCACACCUUACAUGCAGUGUCCUCAAGUUUAUGGGAAAUAUUACAUUUUCAAUAAUAUUUAUACCCCAACCAUAA